AUGAAACUAUUCAAAAACAUGAAGUUAUUGUUUUUUGCUAGUAUAUCGCUGAUUUUAUUCCUCAUAUACGUGGGCUCCACGUCGAGUUCAUUUGUCGAGUCUGAAAUGGGACCAAUGCCGAAUAAAACCGAUGCAUUUGGUGCCGUCAUCGAUACGAACUCCUCAAGUAUUGAACAACAUGGAGCCGCAAUUGUUGGAAAUGAGGCUGAAGAGAAACGUCGCUCUUUAGCGAUCUUCUUUAUAUUAUUUAUUCUUGUGCUUGCGAUCUUAAUUGUUCAUCUCCUGAUAAUAUCGAAGAUUCAGUUUAUUCCGGAAAGUCUCGCUAUUGUUAUUCUGGGAGCGGUCGUAGGAUCAAUACUUUCCUACUCGGAUCAUGACUGGAGCGAGAUUGAAGCUUUGAGCCCAGACGUAUUUUUCCUGGUUUUGUUACCUCCAAUAAUAUUUGAAAAUGCCUAUAAUCUCAACAAGGGUUACUUCUUUUCGAACAUUGGGCCGAUUCUCUCGUUUGCCAUAUUAGGAACAGCAAUUUCGGCACUUGUAAUUGGAUUUUGUAUAUACAUUCUUGGUCAAGCAGAUCUAGUCUAUGAGUUUUCUAUUUUUGAAUGUUUUGCUUUCGCUUCUACAAUAUCAGCUGUCGAUCCCGUGGCGACUUUGGCGAUUUUCCAAGCGGUAAAGGUUGAAGGAUUGCUGUACAUGCUGGUGUUUGGCGAAUCGAUGUUGAAUGAUGCCGUUUCUAUAGUGUUAACAGCAACAGCUAUACGCCAUUCACAUCCGCCGCUUAACAGUUUGGGACCGUCGGAAAUUCUCACAAGUGUUUCAAUUACAUUCCUAGCGAUGUUCACACUCUCAGCUGUGCUUGGUCUUGCCAUUGGACUUCUCAGUGCUUUGUUUAAUCGCCCCAUCGUUCUAGGUAUUAUGGCCAUAUUGUUCUGCGGGAUCACAAUGUCACAGUAUACACAACAGAGUAUUAGUCCAGUCACUCAAAUCACAUUUCGGCAGACGUUCCGAACCAUUUCAUUCGUUGCAGAGACUUCAACAUUUGCGUACAUCGGCAUGGCGUUCUUCACGAUUAAGCUGAACUUCCAACCGUCUCUUAUCUUCUGGUGUAUAGUGCUGUGUCUUGUUAGUCGAGCACUGAACAUAUUCCCUAUUUCUUACGCAGUAAACAAAUGUCGACGUGAAGUGCAGAUUUCGAUGAAGAACCAAAUAGUUUUGUGGUUUAGUGGAAUGCGUGGUGCCGUGUGUUUUGCUCUCGUGCUGUAUAUGGAAGUAGAGAAAGAGAAGAAGUCGGUAAUCUUAACGACCACACUGGUUCUCAUUCUGUUCACUACACUUUUCCUUGGCGGCACUGCAAUGCCGUUCAUUUCUUUCAUCAACAAAUGUUAUCCCGAUGAAAGACCUCGCCGACGAAGAAGAAGUCUCAGAAGACGCGGCGAUGCGGUGGUGAUGAGUAAAACUCAAGAAAUGGCCAUGUUUGGAAGUGACGAAUGGACACCAAAACGGAGCGAUCAAGCAGACAGACCCUCUACAGCCGCAGGUCAACUGAUGAGACAGCUCUUUGUUCGCAAGUUCACUGCUUCAGAACGGCAAGAGAAUCGAGAAAAACUGACUGCUCUGACUCGAACUGUGCUUGAGAAUGGGGAGGAAUCAGAAAGCGAGAUAGACGAAUGCGCGCAUGAACCGCUUCUGGAAUCUGUCUCCGCAGAACUUUGA